AUGGCAGCCCGCCCUCAGGCCCAGUCAGACUUUCGCAAUGCAUCUAACAGGUCAUCGUUAGGGGAGCCGUUGCGCCGACUAUUGGACUUGCGAUCCAAGACUGUGUCGGAUCGCUACUCAACCAUCGGCUAUCUCAUUCCUAUCAUGUCACUUUUCGUCGUCCCUAUCCUACCACGGGCCAGAUUCUUGCAGAACUUCCUUGUUACUUGUUUUCUGACAUGUCUUGCGGCGGCAAUAUCCCUCCUCUACAUGUGGACUGCCAUCAAAGCCCGUCAGAACACUACCCACAUUUCCGCAGAACCACGAAGCAACGGACCGGUGCCACAUGCACAGAUUGUUCCAUACAAUGCGGCCGCCAGUGCCUGCCUGGCGGUGUGGUUCUUCUUCUGGCUCUGGGCAUACAAUACUUUCCGCGCCUUUCGACCACAGUACUUCCUGCCUUUGAUCGUUUUCGGUAUCUACAUCAACAUCACAUCUCUCUAUGGAGCCAUCUUUCCAGAGAUGGAACAAGCUUACUCCCUCACACGACAUCUCCUUGACACAUUCUUUGUCGGCUUCGGUCUGGCUUUUGCUGUCCACUUCGUCAUUUUACCCAUCACUUCAAUGGACCUAGUCACAUUGACUCUAAACGAAUACCUCCACGUUCUCAAGGGUGUCAUUGAUGCGAAAGGAGCGUUGCUCACCUCCCUACCUUCUCGUGACUGGAACAACGUGAGCAAAACAAGCAGCGUCGAGAGUGACAGUGACGCCGGAGAGCCCACUGGGCGCCUGACGCCCUGGCCUGAAGCCGACAAGUGGAAAGCGCUCACAACACUAGCGACCGAAUGUCAGAUCAAAAUCCAGUCGGAGAUGCGGUACGUCAAGCGUGAAGUUACCUUCAGCAAAUUGUCUGGGAAGGACUACUCUUGCAUUUCGAAGUUGCUGAGAAACAUCCUCAUCCCCAUUUCUGGACUGGGUACGGCCAUCCAAGUGAACGACCGAGUUGAAACGCAAGGCGGAUGGACAUCUGUCAGCACUCACAAAGAUGGGUCCGGCUCCGAGCUGUCGGAUCGAUCGCUGAAUGACGUCGAAAAAGAACGAUGGAGUGGGCUAUUCGGCCGGAUCGAUCCGGCUUUCAAGCUCCUGUGGCAAGCAAUGAUCGAAGGGCUCGACUAUGCGUUCUACACUUUGCGGAUCACGAAGAAGCCGGCCUUCACCACAAAAGAAGAACUCGAGGCGCGAGGGACCGAUUCACCGGAAGGGAAGGGCUUCGCGAAGUAUCUUGAACAGACGAUCAAUCACUUUCUGGUCGAGCGAGAAGGACCUUUGAAGGAUUGGUGUCGACUGAACGGCAUGGAGGUAUCUCAGGUGGCAAACAAGGCUUCCCAUCAGCGACAUACAUCCCAGCUGUACCUGCUGCUCGAUAUUGAAUACUGCGUUGUUGCCACUGCAACGGGCAUCCUCGACCUCGUACGAUUCGCCGACUCGAAAGUCGAAGAUGGCACAAUGAAGAAGAAGCGCCUGAUCGUUCCCAGCUGGAAGAACUGGAAAAAGUGGGCAUGGGCAAUCGUUCUCCGUGAAGACAGCAAUCUGGACUAUGCUGCGUACGCCUACCGAAGUGGCACGCCAACGGUGUACCUGGGAGAUGCAUUCGGCGUACAUCGAGACCCCGAGCAUCUCCCUCCAGUAACGUGGUGGGAGAAGACGACCAACCAUUUCCGACUGAUACCUCGACUGUUUGGCUCCCCAGAAUCCUGGUUCGGCUUCAAAGUCGCCACGGGGACCAUGGUGGUCGCGAUUUCGGCCUUCCUGCGCAACUCGCAAGAGUUCUACAUCAAGCAGCGUAUCAUCUGGGGAGCCAUCAUGGUGGCCAUUUCCAUGACCCAGACGGCCGGGUCGGGCAUGUACGGUCAGUUCGUGAGGAUUUUCGGCACAUUCCUCGCCAUGGUCUUUUCUUACAUCGACUGGUACAUUGUCAACGGCCACACCGCAGGGGUGAUUGUGUUUGUGGGUCUCACCAUGUUUCUCUACCACUAUCUCAUGGUGACGAAACCGAACGAUCCGGUCAUUCCGAUGAUCGGCAUGAUCACCGUCGUGUUGAUCGUGGCGUACGAGCUGCAGGUCAAGCAGGUUGGCGUCCGGGUCUCGGAAUCGAACGGCCAACUCUUCCAUCCGGUCUAUGAACUGGCGCCGUACCGGCUGGCGUGUGUGCUCGGCGGCGUCGGCGUCGCCUGCUUGUUCACAUACUUCCCCAGCGUGACGACCGCAAGAAGCGAAAUGCGACGGGACCUAGGAAACGCCCUCCAUCUGCUCGGGCAAUAUUACAGCUCGUCACACAAGGCGGUCUCGUUGCGGCUAAAGGGCCAGGAGGGGGAUAUUCACGACAAGAAAAGCCCCCUUCGGAGGCUAGAAAAGGCUCGAACCCAGCUGUUCGCAAAGGAACUGAUCCUGAUUCAAGCGAUGCAGAACCAUCUGAAGUUCAUCAAGUGGGAGCCCACCUUUGGAGGACGAUUCCCCAGGGAGCUCUAUGAACGCCUGUUGAUGCACACCCAGAACAUCCUCCGCUUCACGGCCAUGAUCUCAUGGACGACCAAAACGUUCCGAGAUCUGCCCACGUCUGCCGACUCCCUGACCGACACAUCUUCGCGCGGCGACAACAGCACCUGGCUCAAAGAUUUCAAACAACUCAUCGCGUCCCUAGAACUCACCUCGCAGAGCGUCACGUCCCUACUUGCCAUCCUCUCCGGCGCCAUCGGCAGCGGCAAACCGCUCCCACCGUACCUCCGGGCCCCUGAACGGUUCCACAUGGGCGAAAUGCUCUCGUCGCUCGACUCGGACAUGUUGGCCACCAAACACGUCUGCGAACCAGGGUACAGUGCCUUUGCCGUCAUGCAGGUCAGCACCACCAUGCUGAGCGAGGAUCUGGCGGAUCUGCUGGCGGACACGAAGAGGCUGGUGGGUGAGGCCGAGUUCAAUCUCGAUGUCGAUGUCGUGGCGGAGGAUUAUGAGAGGAAUGUCGGUGUCGUUCCGACGGAGAUUCGGGAGAAGAGAGAUUGA